CUCCUGUUCUGAUUCUCGUCCGUCGACACGAACAACAUCAUGGUCACCUCAAGUAAUACAAGCGCAUGAUCGAGGCGCUGUCACCAAGAACAGAAAGCCCCAGAAAGACAAGCCCAAAACACAAGAACGCUAAAAUGGACCUCCUCAACAACAUAUCCAGCUGGACAGGCAUCUCAGCCUCAGCCCUCUACACCCUCCUCACACCAAUUCUGGCCAUAACAACGAUUCUCACCCUCACCCGCCUCUGGACAACCCUCCAAUACCACCUCGCCCUUCGCACCUUCACCCAACCUUCCAGAGUCCCAAAUGGCCCCAAACUCGUCCAAUCCCCCCAAAUCCCCUACACAAUCCCCUGGCUCGGCAACGCCCUCUCCUUCCUCAAUAUGACCCCCGGCGGCUACUACCUAUCCCUCUUCACCUUCUACCCGCGCUCCAACGGAAUCCUCACAAUCCUCAUGGGCGGCCGGAAAACCCACGUCGUAUUCUCUCCCGCCGCAGUUUCCGCUCUCUUCAAAGCCAAAACUCCAAGUCGAGAUUUCUUCGAAAGGGAGUUGUUUUCUAAGGUGUUUGAAAUGCCAGAGGAUCAGAUCGAUAAUGCGGAAAAGGGGAAGCAUUUUGAGGUGGAGAUGAAUGCGAAGUAUAUGACGAAUUUCGAUAGGGUGAAUGAAUUGACUUCGAAAUUCACGGAAGUUUUAGAUGAGGUUUUAUCGAAAGACGCGAAAGAAAUCGUGCAAUUGGAAGAAAUUGGAUUGUACGAAUGGUUACGAGAUCGAAUGUUCACUGCUUCAGUCACGGCUCUGAUGGGCGAGAAAUUAUUGCAAAUGUAUCCGAACUGGUGCGAAGAUUUCUUCGCGUGGGAUAAUGAUUUUCUGGGGUUCUUCUUUGGUAUUCCGCCGAUUUUGCAACGGAAGGCGGAUCAGAGACGGAAGAGAAUUUAUGCGAGUUUGGAGAAAUGGAGUACGGAGAUGUUGCGAUUGAGUGGUGAUGAACCUGUUGAUCCGGAAGGACCGGCGUGGGAGCCGUUUUAUGGGAGUCGGUUGAAUCGGGCACGACAGCUGGAUUAUAGGAAUCGGGGGCUCAAUGCAAGAUCUGGCGCGAGACUGGAUGCUGGGAUCACGUUUGGAUUGGCGACGAAUGUGAUUCCUGUCACUGCCUGGAUGCUGUUCAAUAUCGUCAGUCCUUUGGCCGAGCCGACAUUACUCCCGCGAGUGCUGGCUGAGAUCGACGAAGCACGAAAGCCGGAUGGAUCUUUCGAUGUGAUCAAGCUUGUCAAUCAACCACUAUUACAGAGCAUCUGGAUCGAGACUCUGCGACUGUACUCGGACCUCCUAGUAGUUCGCAGCUUGCCCGAGGACAUCAUAAUACCGCUGGAUGAAGAUGGAAAGCUACAAGUGCAACUCCGCAAAGGCGAUAACAUAUUUGCUCCUUCAUGGAUAGCACAGCAUGACGACAGUUGGAGUGCUGAAGUGCCGUGGGACGUAUUUGACGCCAACCGAUUUCUGGUCAAAGACCCAAAAACUGGGACAGCCAGCUUUGUCUUCAGUAAGCCAGGUGGAAAGUUCUUUCCAUUCGGUGGCGGCAAGACCAUCUGUCCUGGAAGGAUAUUUGCGAAGCAGGAGGCGCUCGCUGCUCUGGCCAUGGUACUGUCUCGUUUCGAGUUUGAUGUCAAGGGCUUCGUGGAUGAGAACAAGGAGCCCAUGCAGGACUUCCCAGGUGUGAAGAAGGCAUACCCAGGCAGUGGCGCGCUCUCUCCUGGUGGCGACCUGAAAGUCAAGAUAAAGAGACGCGUGCAAUGAAGUAUAGUCGGAAAGUGUGCUCGUUGCGACUUUGAGUGCCCACGAUGAUUCACGUGCAUUGGUGAGAGCCAGGAGUGACUGACCAGGCAUUCUUCUCCCGCGCAUUGAAGUGUAAUAUCAAAUUCGCAUUUCGCCAAAGGCGAAGGGGUAUCUCAUGGUAUCGCUAUGAUCUAAAUAUUGGGUUAGGUUGGUAAGCGUACCUGUUGUCGGACACUGGCUUCAGCUCAGCACCGUGGCCGCCGGUCAGUGGCACUUGGUCAGAGUCGCAUUGCGCAUCCGCCCGAGGAACGGCCAUUUGUCCUGCCAACUGUUAGCAAAGUCUUGAGACAUGACGAAGCCGUCCAUACCUCGGAGAAGCUCCAAUGCAGAGACGAAUGGCAGAAUGAGAAGCAUGAGCGUAAGCAGCUGGCCGAAUGACCACUCGGUCUCUCCUUUGUCAGCAAGGUCCACGGACGGCGUGCCACCGAGACCCUGGGCAAUAAGAAUCACUCUGACAGUGACUACGAAUGGUCAGCGUGUGCAACGACGCGAUCCUCUUGUACGUCCUCGAGCAGCUGCUGAGUGUCGCCCCUGGCAUGAACUCACCUGCUAUGGCCAU